AUGCUUGGACUGGGCCGGCCACCAUUAGGCUUUGGACCUGUGCCAACCUUCAUCGGACUUAUCUUCGCGGUGCAAAUGAUCAUCGUCUACGUCAUCGCGGUUCUCAAAAAAGACGUCGAUGCGGUCCUGCCAUACAUCUCAUCUGCGGCCAACAAACAGCCACAAUCCUGUAUCUUUGCAAUGGGAGCAAACAUCAGUAGCCUCCUAAUCGCUGUGAUGGUUCAUGUCCGACAAACCCAAAUCGAUUACGUUCUCAAUACAUACGAUGACGAUUGGCGGGCAUGGAAGAACAAAUUGUUUUGUGUGAAUACCUGGGCAAGCUUAGUGGGAUAUAUCUCGGCUUUUGGUUUGUUCAUAGUGGCCAAUGUCCAGGAAACAGCUAUCAUCCCUCUUCACAUCACUGGUGCUCUUCUAGCCUUUGGUGGAUUCACAAUCUUCAUGAUUUUCCAGUGCUAUCUGACCCAUAAAUUCACUGGAGUUAUCACUGUCAUCACUGUGUUCCGCUUCCGACUGGUUUUCACUGUCCUAUCGGCCAUCUUUUUCGUUGUUGGACUAUCGUUUGGAAUCAUUGCCUCGAGAGUUUUCCACAGCGUUUACCCGGAUUUGCCGACUCCCCGUCCUUGGUCGCGCAAAAUCUACCAACCGGGAUACGGAUACCAUCAGAUCUCUGCGGCUGCUGAGUGGUUGUGCGCUUUCUCUCAGAUCAUCUUCAUGCAAUCGUUCACUCCAGAAUUCGAAGACAUCUAUUCGGCUGGCUACAUUGGGAAGAACGAGAUCAACUCUGCUGAGCCAGACGACGUUCCGCUCGUCGAGUACGAAGAAGACGAAGAGGACCGCCGCUUUCAGCGCCGUCAUAGAAUCUAUUUUCAUGACAGACCGUAA